AUGUAAUCUGAGAGAGAAGAGUUUGUAGACGAGCUAACCUAAUUGAAAAUAGAGAGAUCGAAAAGAAGACAAAGGAAAGAAUGGGAAUUGAAAAUGAUGGGAAAAUGCAUCAGUUGGUUGAUUUAUGCAUACGCAGCAGGGAUAAUAACAACGGGAUUGAACUAUUUAAUGUUAGAUAAAAGUUAUAAAUAUGAAGGAAUUGUUGAGGAUAGCUGUUCUGACUUUAAAACACUCAAAUCAGUGAAUGACUAAAUAUUCCCUCUCUUAGAUGAAUUGACUUACAAAAAAUAUUUUAAGAUCUUCAGAGUGAACUUAGAAAAUGAUUGUCCAUUUUCAAUAGGUGAAUAUAUUUGCACAAGUAAAAAAUGUGUGAUAUGUACUUGCAACACAUCUGAAAUUCCUUCAAAUUGGUUAUCUCCAGCAUCAUCGCCUAUUAAAUAACCAAAGGACAAUUUUGCAUUCUGGGAUUCCGAGAGAUACCUAUCUCCUUCUGAAUGGAUAUGGCAUGUUGAGGAUAUCGAAAAUGACAAGGGAGUUUACGUGGACUUAAAACUAAAUCCCGAGGCUUUCACAGGAUACCAAGGUCAACAUAUUUGGGAUGUGAUAUACCGGGAAAAUUGUUAUUAAGGUUCUUUGAAUGAAAUGUGUAAGGAGAAGAGAGCUUUAAAUAAAUUGGUUCAAGGUUUGCAUACUUCAAUCUCAACUCAAUUGAGUGAAUUCUAUGUGGAUUUAUCGACCAACAAAACCUAUCCAAAUUAUCCAAUGUAUUUUGAAAGAGUGGGCAACCAUCCUGAAAGAAUCCGAAAUCUGUUCUUUUUAUAUUCGGUUCUUUUGAGGGCAGUGCAAUUGGCAACACCAGGGAUCCAAAAACACGAAAUAAAUUCAAUGUCGUUUGAUGAAGAUACUAGAUCCCAAUAUUUAUUGAAUAAUAUCUUAAACUUAGGAAACAGUUAAUGUUCCAAGGCUUUUGAUGAAUAAUAGUUCUUCAAUUAAAUAACCUUUGAGUAAAAGAAAGAUUAUCAAAGAUAUAUUCACAACAUAAGUAGAAUUAUGGAUUGUGUGGAAUGUCAAAAAUGUAGAGUAUUUGGAAAGAUGCAAACAUAUGGAUUGGGAACAGCAUUAAAGAUUCUGUUCUCUGAAUCUCCAAGUGAAUUUUCAGGGAAGUUGAAAAGAAAUGAAUUGGUUGCUCUAAUCAAUACAUUUGGGAAGGUGUCAAGUUCUGUAAAAUCAAUCGAUUUAAUGUUUGAAAGAAGGACUAGAUUCAAUUACAAUCUGAUCGUUACAAUCGGUAUUGUUGGAGGAGUCUUCAUUAUAUUCAUGGUGGCAAUCAGAAAAAUCUACUAAGAAAUGGACAAAAAAAUAUAAAACAUGUUCAAAGGAAUGCCUAGUGACAAUCAUCAACAACCUAGUAAAAACAAUAAGAGCAAACGGGAUUGA